GGCUUAGAGCUCUACCACAACGCGACAGCUGGGGUUAUACAGAGCAACCAGAGCCUGGUUCUCCAAGGCGUGGGGCGGGGCUCUUCUGGGCUCUAUACCUGCAAAGCCGUCAACUCACAGGGAUCAGACACCUCUAACGCUCUACAUCUCAACGUCAAGUUUUCUCCCGUCUGCGCCUCGGGACAGAAGUGGGUGUACGGGGGCCGGCGUCACCAGCCCGUCAACGUGACCUGUCGGGUGGAGGCGCACCCGGAAGCUACCACCUUUCGCUGGGCGUUCAACACCUCCAGCGAGUUCGUAGAGCUACCGCAGAGCCGCGUCCUCUCCGGCCGCAGCCGCAGCCUGGUGGAGUACACGCCGCAGACGCACCACGACUUCGGCUCCCUCCUCUGCUGGGGCCGCAACCACAUCGAUCUCCAGCACCGACCUUGUGUCUUUCACGUGGUACCCGCAGGAGUGCCAGAGGCGGUGAGCAACUGCAGUGCCUGGCACAACGGCAGCGCAGCGGGGGAAGUGGUGGUGUCGUGCCAGGCCGGCUGGAGCGGGGGUCUGGCCCAGACCUUCACUCUACAGGUGCGUCAGGCUCAGCCCAAGGCCAGCCUCACCUCACCUGGGCUUCCCGGAGUCUCCGGCAAGAUCCUGGCAGACGGUGGCAAGAUCCUGGGCUCCGCAGCAGACGGUGGCAAGAUCCUGGGCUCUGCAGCAGACGGUGGCAAGAUCCUGGGCUCCGCAGCAGACGCUGCUGGCAAGAUCGACCAUUCUCCUGGGUCUGGGAAGCUCUUGGCGUCUCUCGAAGACCAGCACGAACCGCAUUUCACCGUCUCGGGACUCGAACCGGGUUCGGAGUAUCACCUGGUGGUUGUGGCCUCGAACGCCCAGGGCCCUGCUCAGCCAGCAGUCAUCGCCUACCUCACGCCCAUAGAUGUGGCAGAGAAGCAGACAAGCGCUGCCGCUGCUGAGGGCUCCGACUCGAAUUUCGCAGCGGACGUCGGACCUGUCUUGGGAGUGGUGGUGGGCGUGGCGGCCUUUCUGCUGGUGAGCUCUGUCGUUGUGGUGAUGGUCGUGUGCACCCGCGCCGCCCACGCCCACGCCCGCGCCCACGCCCACGCCCGCGCCCACGCCCACGCCCCCGACAGCAGCAGCAGCACCAAAGUGGUGUACGACAUGGCAGCUACGCCUCAUUCUCAAGCUGGGGAAUGUAAAGGCUUCGUACAACAGCAACAGCCAGGACCUGAUAUUAUUCUUAUUAAGAGCGAGAGCGCAGGGGUUGACCGAGGCCUACUAACUGGUGAUCCACAACACGGAGAGGCUGGCCACGUCCCACCUCAUCACUCCUCCAGCUCUGGUCAUACUGAUAGCUGUAGUAGUGGCAGCACCCAGCUGACGAGAGCGUCAACCUCGCUCACGCGGGAUUUAACCUCAGCAGCGGGCAUCCCUCCUCCUAGUGUAAACACCUCAGGAGGUUCCAAUCCGUUCGCCAUCCUACAACCCCUGCCUUCCCCAGCUGGCCCCCAGGCCGCGCACCACACAGGGGCGCGGGGCGGCGGAGGCACCGGGGUUCAGGGACAACAAGACAUGGCUCUUCAAGAUCUACCAGCAUAUGAGUCCAGGUCGCUUCUGGCUACUUGUGCUCGGGGAGAGUCUUGCUACACCUCCAUCUAGUCGCACUGUGAGUCUGGCUUGUGCGUGCGUGCGUGUGUGUGUGUGUGUG